AUGGAGAGCACAAGAGUAUUUGUCUCUGGCCUCCCGCCGACUCUAACCAAUGAUCAACUCAAGAAACACUUUGCAACCCGCUUCCAGGUUACGGAUGCCCAUGUCCUGCCAAAACGGAGGAUCGGCUUCGUGGGCUUCAAAAGCUCCGAGGUGGCCCAGCAAGCUGUAUCCUACUUCAACAAGACAUUCAUGAAGAUGUCCAAGAUCUCAGUAGACAUUGCUAAGCCGAUUGAUGCGGAACCCGCUCACAAUACCCACAAAUCCCGCAAGGACAGUAGAGAUCUACCUGAUGAUGCCUCGGGAAACACUCUCAAGCGUAAACGCGAAGGAGAAGCCGUCAAGGACUCCAAGACGCAAGAGUAUCUCUCCCUCUUACAGCAACCCUCCAAGACCCGAACGUGGGCAAAUGAUGACCAAUUUCCCCCACCGGUGGAAGCCGACUCACAAUUACAAGAGCAGCCUACCGACAUUGUUGAUGAUGUCAAGGAGGAACUGACCUACGCUCAGAGGAAGAAGGCGAAACUCGGCCAGGAUCAGCAUGACGGCUCAUCUGCUUCACUGAAUGCUGGCCACUUACCUACAACUGAUGAAGACCAUGCCCAGCCCGAGCCUGAGAAGACUGGUGAGGAGCAAGAAACGGAGCAAGAAGCCCCGCAGGAGGAGCAGGCUCCUGUAUCCGACAUGGACUGGUUACGCUCAAAGACAAGCCGUCUUCUGGGCCUGCUUGACGAAGAUGAAGAGGCAACCUUUGCGCCCCCCGCGCCAGUCGCCAAUGAUACGCCAAUGACUGACUCAAACUUCGACACGCCUAUUGUCGCAAGUCCGGAGAAGCCCGCGGUGGAAGAGUCGGUGAAGGCGCCUACAGCCCCGGAACUUGAUACGAACAUCGAAAACAUCCGGAUCUCCGCACGAUUGUUCAUCAGAAACUUGUCGUAUGAGACGAAAGAGGCGGAUCUUGAACCAGUGUUCUCGCCCUUUGGCAAAAUUGAAGAGAUUCAUGUUGCUUUCGAUACUAGAUACACAACCAGCAAAGGAUUUGCAUAUGUCCAGUAUUCUGAUCCUGACGCGGCCGUUGAAGCGUACAAGAACAUGGAUGGAAAGCACUUCCAAGGUCGUCUACUGCAUAUUCUGCCAGCAUCACAGAAGAAAACGCACAAGUUGGACGAGCACGAGCUAUCCAAACUACCGUUGAAGAAACAGAAGCAGAUCAAGCGAAAGCAAGAAGCCUCCUCUUCGACAUUUACCUGGAACUCGCUGUAUAUGAAUGCCGAUGCCGUCAUGUCCUCCGUCGCUGAACGAAUUGGUGUCUCCAAGUCUGACCUCUUGGAUCCCACUUCGUCGGACGCUGCUGUCAAGCAGGCUCAUGCUGAAACGCAUGUGAUUCAAGAGACCAAAGCUUACUUCAAAGCGAAUGGUGUAAACCUCGAUGCUUUCAAGCAGCGAGAGCGCGGAAACAUCGCCAUUUUAGUAAAGAACUUUUCGUAUGGCACGAAGACCGAAGACCUUCGGAAACUCUUCGAGCCGUUCGGAACCAUCACCAGGCUCUUGAUGCCGCCGAGCGGUACCAUAGCCAUUGUGGAAUUUUCGCGACCCGAUGAAGCGCAAAAGGCCUUCAAGGGCCUUGCAUACCGCAAACUCGGGGACUCGAUCAUCUUCCUGGAGAAGGCACCAAAGAAUCUCUUCGAGGCAAAUGUUCCCCCUCAGAACCCAUUGCCAGAGGUUAAAGCCGUAUCGCAAGGCUUCUCAACCGCAGACACUUUCGCUGCGGACGAAGGUGAUGAAGAAAACCUCGCCACUGCAACGCUGUUCAUCAAGAACCUCAACUUCUCCACUACUAAUCAGUCUCUGGUAGAAGCGUUCAGACCGCUGGAUGGCUUCGUUUCUGCUAGGAUAAAAACUAAACCGGACCCCAAGAACCCUGGUCAGACACUGAGCAUGGGUUUCGGUUUCGCCGACUUCAGAACCAAGGCCCAGGCCCAGGCUGCUCUUGCUGUGAUGAAUGGCUACACCCUCGACCGGCACGCACUGGUAGUAAGAGCGUCCCAUAAGGGCCUGGAUGCUGCGGAGGAAAGGAGGAAGGAAGACACAGCGAAGAAAAUCGCUGCCCGACGAACCAAGAUCAUCAUCAAGAACUUGCCAUUCCAAGCCACGAAGAAGGACGUCAGGUCACUUUUCGGAGCGUAUGGCCAGCUGCGGUCUGUGCGAGUGCCUCAGAAGUUUGACCGGUCUGCUCGUGGUUUUGGUUUCGCUGAUUUCGUAAGCGCUCGCGAAGCGGAAAAUGCAAUGGACGCCUUGAAGAACACCCAUCUUCUAGGCAGACGAUUAGUGUUGGAAUUCGCGAACGCGGAGGCCAUCGAUGCCGAAGAGGAGAUCCAAAGGAUCGAGAAGAAGGUAGGGGAGCAGGUGGACAGGGUCAAGCUCCAGAAGCUCACGGGAGCCGGGCGCAAGAAAUUCACUGUAGGGGCCCAGGACGACGAAAGCUAG